UUUGCAGCAGUUUGGCGUAGGAUUAGCGUUGAGAUCGACGCCGUGAUCAUUUCCCCAAAAGUGCUCCAUUUUUAUUACCUUCACUAUUAAUCCUCCACAGUUCAUUGGUGCGAGACUAUCGAUCAAGAAGAUCAUCCACAAUGAUCAUGACUUUAGGUGACAAGUGGAGAGAGUUUCUCAAUGUGAUCGUGUAGUGAGAGAACAUAUUGAUCUGUCGGAUGAAAAAUCGAAGGUAUUUCCGUGCGAUGAUUUUCAUCAAUUUAGUCCGCUAAAUUGCGUUUUCUGGCCCUCAGAUAGGCUAUCUACUUAGGCGUCGCGGAGUGGGUGAUUAAUUAUACUUGUGAGUGAUCCAAAAAAAAAAGCGGGAGAGACAGCAAAGAAUAUCUUGAUGGUGCUGGCGAUUCUCAAGUGCAAAAUGUCUACGCUAAAGCGAUGUCUUAGCCAACUGUCGGUGAUAGUGUUUCGUGCGGAAUCCUCAGGGGAGCCAGCCUGGCGUGAGGAGUGUCUCAAAUAUCGCCAGACACGAUUCUCAUCCAGACGCGUGAGGAAACGUGUCAUUUUCAAACACGGGGACUGCAAUGUCGUCCAGGGGAAUGUGGCCAAGCGCAGACGACGGUAUAUGCAGGACAUUUUUACAACACUCGUCGAUGCUCAAUGGCGAUGGACAUUGCUUGUAUUUGCACUGAGCUUCCUGCUCUCGUGGACAGCUUUCGGGAUAAUCUGGUGGCUCAUAAUGUACACACACGGUGAUCUGGAUCACCUUGAGCCACAGGAUCCGCACGUGCAGCUCAUUCAGAAUAAAUCAACAAAUCCAUGCGUGACGGAAAUCUACGGCUUCACGAGUUGCUUCCUUUUCUCCGUGGAAACACAGCACACCAUCGGCUAUGGUAACCGCUACAUCACGGAGGAGUGCCCAGAAGCCAUCUUCAUCAUGUGCCUCCAGAGUAUUAUGGGUGUCUUCAUUCAAGCAUUUAUGGUUGGGAUUGUUUUUGCAAAGCUGUCGCGUCCCAAGAAACGUGCCCAGACACUCCUCUUCUCGCGCAAUGCCGUCAUUUGCCAUCGCGACGGCGUGCCAUGCCUUAUGUUUCGUGUCGGUGACAUGAGGAAGAGUCACAUCAUCGAGGCGCACGUUAGAGCUCAAAUAAUAAGAAAGAAGGUGACCAAAGAAAACGAAGUUCUUCCAUUUUAUCAGCAAGAACUCCAAGUUGGAGCUGAUGGGCGAGAGGAUCGUCUUAUGUUCAUCUGGCCCACAACUAUUGUCCACAGGAUUGAUAAACAUAGCCCCUUGUAUGCUCUAUCGGCACAGGAUAUGCUGAAGGAGCGCUUUGAAAUUGUCGUGAUGCUCGAAGGUGUUGUUGAGUCAACGGGGAUGACAACACAGGCAAGGAGUAGCUAUCUCCCAUCGGAAAUUCUCUGGGGACAUCGUUUUGAGCACGUUGUCGCCUUCCGCAAGGAGACUGGGGAGUAUGAGGUGGAUUACACCCUCUUCAAUAAUACCUACGAGGUUGAUACACCUCUGUGCAGUGCCAAGCAGCUCGAUGAACUUCGAGCAGAGUUGAAUACACCAAAUGGACUAGAACGACUCUGCUCAUCUGGCCUCCUGCCGCGUGUGUCAUCGGCAGCCAGCCUAGAUCCUGCCAGUGAAGAGUCCGGUGAUUCUGGUCGCUUGCAGAUGCGCUCGUGUUCGGUACCCAAUGGCAUCCCAAUCACCGAAACACACCAUCAUCAGCAGGCGAAUGGGCAUAAAAAGACACAAUCAGGACGACGUCUUUCCGUUAAGCACGAAACGCUUCCCGUUGAUUCAAUGUGCUGAUAUUUACUCAAUACUCUAGGUAUAAGAUUUAAGCCAAUUUUCCAGCCAGGUGGUGACUCAGUGUGAAUAUCCUUUGUGGAGGAACUCGAUGACGGACCUUGUCAAAAGUGCUUUACCGUAGUAGCUACAUAUAUCAUAAAAAUUAUACAUAUAUUUUUUCGAUAAAAAAAAUGUGAUUCAAUUUGAAAGAAUUUACUAUACGAUAGGUAUUUGCAUAGAGAAAGUCAAUUUGAUUGCACAUAGAAUCUCAGUGUUAAAGUCGGAAGAGACCAUUGCUAAAGGAGAGUGAUUAAAAUGUGUUAGUAUCGUUAGUAUAUAUAGAGAGAAGUAAAAUAGAUAUUCCAGAAGGUUUUUUUUUGUGAGAAAUUCAAAUUGUUCAUAGAACAGAGAAUCAUUAGCGUUAACAAAUUUUAACAAUUUUAUCGUAGCUGAAAUUAGCAUAUAAGAGAGAAAGAUAUUUUUUUCGGCCUUUUUCACAUCUUACCAUUAAGUUAUAUAUAUGAGAGAGUGUUAUGUAAGAGAAAUAAAAUUGCGAAAUAUUUGGAAACAUUAA